AUGGCACCCCGGAUCGCGCCGUUUUCCACGCGCAUCUUCAACUCGGACUUGGCGCGAUUUUCGCUGCUGAGGAGCUUGAACUUUUCUGGUGUCCUUGGAGUCAUUCGCUUGUACACUGCUAUCUGGAUCAUUCCAGAUCGGACGAUUUCGUCCCAUUCCAACUACAGUCUUUCGCUAUUCUUCAACUGGUCGAGCCUUUUGCUUCGCUUUUCUUUCUUGUACUCGGCCAGGAUUGGGGACCAUGAUGGAAAGAGAAAAGUAUUGGGGCGCCUUUUGCAUCCACUUCACUCGUUGUGCUUAGAAGGAGUUGAUGCUUGUUUAAUGACCUUUGCAUUGGUAUAUAGAGCGGGGCCAGGACUACCUGAUUUCCCUCUCGCGUGGUGGUUUGUUUUGGAGCAUUCUUCUAUAAAGAGGACAUUGGUGAUGCAGAGCGGCCGUUCCGAACCGUUCCCUCUACCAAGUAAUGGAGACCUUGGGGAGGCACCGGGACUUCAAAGUGGCUGGGCGACAGAUGCAGACGGAGUCAUCUUGUCGAAGGUUGCACACCCUAUGGUAUUGAAAACACUUUUACGACUUGACGUUUCUCUGCUGGACACGAGCAUCCACCGUGCCACAGACGUUAUGAUUUAUGAAGAACUUUUUCUCCUCUUCCGUCUGAUCUGA